AUGCGCUACUCAGCAACAGAUAGUGAAGAUUUAGCUGUAGUGGAAGCUGUCGGAGCUUUUGAUCCAUAUUUAUAUGGAUGCCACUUUACUGUUUUUACAAAUCACCAUCCUCUUUUGACCAUCAAGUCCCAGACAUGUUCUCAUGGGCUGCAGCCAUUGCGUUGGGCAGAACAAAAUAAAGACCUGUUAAUAAAGGAAAGCAUCACCUACUUAGAAGGUGGACAGUUGCCAAAAAGUAAGCUUCCAACAUCUAUCUGUGAAUUUGAAAUUAGUCAUGGUGUUCUGUAUCAUCUCCGUGAGCAGAGUGAUCGCCUUCUUCGAUGUGUUGUAGUACUAGUUCAACUUCAGCAGUUUGCUUUAAGAUUGGCACAUUGUGCGCCACUAGCCGCACAUCCAGAUGUGAUUCGUACCUACACCAAAGAAAAGCAAUUAUUUUAUUUCCCUAAUAUGUUUUCCAGGACUAAGCAGUUUGUUACAAAAUACCAAGAGUGUCAGAUCUGCGAGGGCUGUGCUUCAAAGAAUGUACCCCUUGCUUCAGCUCCUGAAGUCAGUCAUCCUUUGGAGCCCGUCUCAGUUGAUCUUAUACAAUUACCACGUUCUUCACAUGGAAAUCUCUACAUGUUGGUAAUAGUAGACCACAUUAGCCACUUUGUAGAGCUGAUACCUUUGCCAGACAAAAAGGAUCGUACAAAUGCUGAAGCCUUCAUAGAUGCUUAUUUUACUAUAUAUGGGAUACCUCUGGAGCUACAAACAGAUGGGGGAGGUGAAUUUAAUAACAAGCUUAUGUCUCUUGUAUGUGAGGUGUUACUCAUCCAUUUCAAAGUGACAGUGCCAUAUCAUCCACAGGCAAAUGGGUAG